UAGUAGUAUACGUUCGUGCGCGCGAAUGAGGCAUUCGUCUGAUGAAGUAAUAUCGUCACGACGUCUCUCUGCGUAAACAUAAAACGCGAAAGAUAAUUUCGUAAAAUCAUACCGUGAUUUAAAAAUAAACAAAAUAAAAAGUAUUAGUAGUGUUUUCGUGACUUAAUGUGCUUAAAAUACUCUCAUGUUGUGUAAUGUGUUUUUAAUAUGACAAGUGUCUUGAAAAAAUCAAGAGGUACUAAAGGAAAAUCCGAAUCCAUGCAAGAAGAUUUGCCGGCGAGAUGGUGUGUGUCCCGAGGGCACAAAACCGAAGAUUCAACGAAGUUGAUCAAGUAUGUCGAUGACAAUGUCAUUGGUAAAGGAACCUCAUUCUGCGGACCGUUCGGAAGGAGAAAAGUUGUAUAUUGCGACUACAGCGGCUCGGGGCGUGCGUUACAAUGGAUAGAGGAGUACGUAGCACGCGACGUGCUUCCUACACAUGCGACGUGGUGCACGGCUUUGUCCGUUACGUCUGGACAAAGCGAGAUUUACCGGUCAGAAUCCAAAGAGAUAAUUCGCCAAGCCGUCGGAGCUGGUGCUGAAGACGUGGUAGUUCUGGGAGCUACACUAUGUCGGUUUUUGCGAGCUUUACGCCCACAAAGAGUAGCCCUUUUCGUGUCCUCGAGAGAAACGGAAAGACAACUGGCACCCUGGAAGGAGUGUGAUGCAGAGAUAAUAAAAAUCCCAGAAACAAAAGAAGGCUUCAUAGAUUUGAACAACUUGGAGCUAAGGUUGCAAGAUAAUACUGGAACCGGUAAAAGGAUGAUAGGGUUCUUUCCAGCCGCUUCAAAGUUGACGGGAGUGUUGGCGGAUGACGUCGCAACCACUCUCCUCUUACACCAGUACGGCGCUUGGUCGUUCUGGGAUUACACAUUGGUAGCGCCGACUUCGGCUGUGGACAUGAAUCCUACAUUCCUGAGCGUCGAAGAGGGAAUGGUUAAAAAAGACGCUCUGUUUUUCAAUUGCGAAAAAUUUGUCGGUGGAAUUCAAGGGCCGUAUAUAGCGAUCGUGAAGAAGGACGUCUUUAAGAACUCGGCGUUGUAUUCAGAAGACGUUGAGGUAUUGGCAGAAAGAAUAGAAGAAUUCAGAUGUGCGGAAGCUGUGAGGGCCGCGAUGGUUAUUCAGCUACGGGACGCAAUCGGUCUUCAGAACAUAGCCGAGAAACAGGACCACAUAACGAGGCAAGUUUUGUCUCACAUCAAGAACAUCCCUGAAUUGAUUUUACUGGGAAGUGAGUCUCGAACCAUGAGACGCCUGCCGAUAUUUUCUCUCAUGGUUAAGCAUCCACGUGGCACAUUUCUUCAUCAUAACUUCGUGUGUGCUGUUCUCAAUGAUGUAUUCGGCAUCCAGGCAAGAGGUGGACUGAACGGCAAUCUAGACUAUGGUGCUGACGUUCUGGGUAUUGAUGACCAACUCCUUAAAGAAUAUGAGAAAGUUUUGGACGUGGAAGCACAAAAAGAAAUAGCAAGAGUUCGUAAGCUUAGCGUUGUUAAGUCACCAGAGGUGCCAAUACAUAACGAACCGCUCAGGCCAGGCUUCUGUCGAAUUUCUCUUCCUUUCUUCAUGUCUGAAAAUGAACUAGCAUUCAUCCUAGAAGCAUUGAAGAUGGUAGCCACAGAAGGUUGGAAGAUAUUGCCUCAGUAUGUUGUAAAUUCAGAAACAGGGCAGUGGAGGCACCACACAUGUUCAGUACUGAGGGAUAAGAAAUCAUUAUAUUCAUUGAGGUUUAAUGACGGACAGAUUACUGCCCACGAAAGGAGGAUAUCAGGCCCAGGAAUUUUCCCACAAACGUAUACAGAAUGUUUGCAAACAGCGAGAAACCUUUUCAAUAGAGCAAGAAAAUUAGCUAUGAAAUGUUCCAGCGUGGAACCCGAAGUCAGUUUUAAUCCAAAGAUCGAUUACUUGAGAUGGUUCAUGUUGCCAAAAGAGGCACAUGACCUUCUUCUUGGUAAAUCAGGUAACGUCAAACAUAUUGUUCCAUUUGACCCAUCCGGAUACACAGGAGCAAGAAAGAGUUUAAAUAUAUCCAGAUCUUCGAAUACCUCAUCGCCGAUACUUGGUACUUCUCCUAGGCACUUCAGUUUGUCAGCGAUUGAUGACUGUCACUUAUUAAGACUAAAACAAAAACAAAAGUUCUUUUCAAGAGAAUCAAGUUUGAAGGAAACUUCUAAAGAGGAAGCUGUCACAGUGAAUUCUCAUCCAGUUCAAUUUGCUGUAGGAGAAUCUGUUUCACCAUUGAGGUUGGUACCUCAAACUUCAAAACCAGUACUCAUGAGAUCACGAUGCUAUUCUUUGGGGUCAGAUAUACCCCAAGUACCUCUAAGUGCAGUGACUAGAAUGAACCUAGGACUAAAAGAAACUAGUCCUAAUAAUAAUGUUAAAGUAAGCAGUUUUUGUAACUGUGGAAGUCAGACAGAUUUACCUUCAAUGGACGAUGGUAUUAUUUCACCAAAUAAAAAAUAUCCCUAUAGUGCUCAGAGUAGCACUUCAAUAUCUGAUUGUAGCCAAGUAGGCCGAACAUCACCAACUGCUUCUGUCACAUCCCACACAUCGGAAGAUUUACAAGCCUAUGUCAAAGAAAUGACAAAAGAAAUAGCAACAGAAAUUAAGUCAGAAAUACGUGGAGUCAUAUCUAAAGUCGAUGAUAUAUUAGAGAAUUCUGACUCCCUGGAACAGUCCAAUUUAAGCAUGACCUCAGUUUCUAGUCAGAGUGAUAAAAAUUCUGUAUCCGUCAUUGAUGUCGCCGAAUACUUGAUGGGCGUAUCAAGAGAAAUGGCGUCUGAAGUAAAACAUGAGAUUAGAGAAAUGGUAAACAGAGUUGAUGAAAUGAUUUCUCCGGAUUUAAAUAACUCAGGUUCUAGAAAGAGCUCUCCUCCUCAAGCAAUCAGAAAAAGAAUUGCCUCCGGCCCCGAACUAGGCUUGGAUUUAAAAAAACUUAAUUCUUCGCAAUCUUUAAGAAAAUGUCCAACAAGUCCUGUAUUUCCAUCGCCAUCUCAUUAUGAUGACGAUGAAAGUCGAUUUUGCAAGCGAUCACCAACUAUUCAGUCGCCUAAAUCGGCACAAUGCACGCCCUCUCACGAAGCAUCAGGACCAAACAGUAUCUCUUUUAAUUCAAGUGAAACUUCUACCCCUGACACAAUAAUCCAAGUUGUAACAACAUCUCAGAAUUCUCCAGUUCUACCUAAAUCUUCGAGUUCAAACAAACUAUCGGACGAUGAAGUUAGUUGCACGGAUGUGAUAUGCAGACAUUGUUGUAUUAAAAAAACAUGGAGCCAAAAUGCUUCCGUCAGCUCUCAAGACAGCGGAAUUAAUAUGACUUUCACUGAAACCGAUUCUCUAAUAGAUUUAGUAAAAUGGCGAACUUCUUCAGAUCCGACGACGAACAAAGUUCGGAAAUUACAAGGCAGACUUCGCAUGUGCCAGAAACACGAAAAAAGUGAAGUCCCAGACAUCAUAGAAGGCGUGCCCGUGUGUUCGGGAGAUCACCCGAGACAGGAGAAGACAUUCGACACUGACUCGGGAAGAGUCGCCUUUCAAAUACCAGAAGACGUCGAACGACAAAACCGGAAUGUCCCCUCGGCGUCAGAUUCUAAGAGAUCCAGCAGAUCGUCCAAUGCCUCGUCUAGCUGCUCUGACAGAAGCUCUCGGUCCAGCGGCUACGGUACCGAUGGUCAGAGAACAUCCCAUGAUGAGCAAUUUUACGAUAGGAGUGAAUCAGACUGUCGCUUCAAGUCGGAAUGUUGUUGGGAGGAAACUGAACACGAUGACAGUAGCGCUUGCAGCGACGCCUCCCUCACGGACUUUACCUUCGAUGAUGAGGGCAAGUGGCAUUGCCCUCCCAAGGCUGUUUGGAAGGCUACGGUUGAGGCAAUUCACGAGUACAACAUGAUACGGCCGGGUGACAAAGUGUUGGUCUGUCUGUCAGGCAGUCGGGACUCUAUAGCUCUCCUUCAUACUAUGCACCAGUACCAAUUCUACGCCAGGUCAAAGGGGAUACACUUUAGUAUUGGUGCAUUAUUCGUUCACGAGCCACAAUCCGACGUAGAUCCUCUUCACGUGAUGGCCUACUGCCGAACUCUCGGUGUCAAAUUCAUUUAUCAAGAUAAACUUAACCACGAGGAGAUGCAACAGGCGGAAGGCGCGGGCGCGUGCGUGCGCGGGCGCGCGCUGCACCGCUGGGCGUCGCACGGCGUGCGGCGGCGCGCGUACGGCGCGGCGGCGGCGCACGGCUACGGCGUGGCGGCCGUCGCGCAGAGCCUCGACCGCGCCGCCGCCGCCUUCCUCGCCGCCGCGCUCUACGCCGGCGCGCUGCGCACGCUCAAGGCGCACUACCGCGUCCCGGAGCACAAUAUCCGCAUAAUAAGACCGUUUAUCUAUGUGCGUGCCCGUUCGCUGGAAGUUUUUGGUUGGUCCCGGGCGCUGCCCCACUUCGGGCGCCACUUCGACUCGCCCGACACGCCGCCCGCGGACUGCACUCUUACGGACUCGGGCAAAAUUAUCCUGGAUCGUUCAGUCUCAGUCCCCUGUACAAACUCAACCAAAAGCGACGCCACUCUUGAUGACCAACUCGUGGAAAAUGUACCGGAAUCUUUAUCUGAGACGCUGGUGGAACCAAUGGUGGAGCCGCUGGAGGCCGCACAGAACUUGCUCAGCAGCCAAGAACGCGCGCAUCCAUAUCUAUAUACCUGUUUAAAAAACUCCUUACGACCACUUAUUGGUGCCAGGAACAUUGAAAAAGAUAUUAAAGAAAGUAGACACAGGAAAAAAUCUGUUAUUCAAAUGAAAAACGGCGCCCCUGUAUACGAUUCUGAGGAGGGCACCGAUGAAGAACCAGUGCCAUAAACAACAGUAAUUUUUCCUGCUAGGAUUGCACAUUCUCCGCCAUAUUAAUCAAACCAAUGAUAAAUGAUGGAUUCUCUGUCUCGUUCGUACUUGUUUGUCGUCGUAGCGUCUGACAGAGACAAUACAUGGCUUGCUUAAAAAGGUUUUUAUUAAAUGACGAUUCAACGCCGAGUUGUGAUUACUCAGUGAUUUUUUUUUAUAUCUAUUAUAGUUUUGUUGCAAAGCGACAUAAAAUGUCGCUUUUUGUCGACAUUUUAGUAGAAAUUAUUUUUAGCUAUAUAAUAAGUUUGGUUUAAAAUUAAUUAACCAUUUAUUUGUAUUACCUUUUCUUGAAGAAGUUUGAUUUCGUAACAUUAUUGUACUAUCUUGUAAAGCAUGAAUAAAGUGAGACGAUUAUUUUAAGGAUUUUUUCGAGGUUUGCCAUAUUGAUAAUUUUUUCUACUAUUUACUAGUUUUUCAUAAUUAAUGUGGAAUUGAAAACGAAGUGCAUUUGUUACAGUCUGGUAUUCUCGUGUUUAAUAUUAAUCGAUAUAUUGUCAUGUUGUAUGUGUGUUAAAAUUCUACGUAUAAUAUAAGAAAUUGGCUUAUUUAUUGUGUCCAGUAGAGAAAAAAAUAUGAAUAUGUGAGUUUGUAAUGUGCAGAUUUUAUUGAAGGCGAAUGUCUUAAAUAUUAAAACGUUGAAAUACUUAUUGUUAUAUUUUGAUAACUCCUGAAUUUUAUUUUAUUAAAAAUAUAUUCGAACUUGUAGAAUUAGCCUCGUAUAUAAACACCAAGAAUAUUUAUAUAUAAUUAAAGUAGAACUAGUAGUUAUAGUGAUUAGUAACUAAGUGUAAUACUUUUACAAAUUUCUUAAAGUAAUCGUUAAUUUUAUUUUUUUAUUAAAAUGUUUCUAUUGUUUUAUGAACGAAAAACGGAUAAUACGGUUUGCUCUGGCAACAUUAAUCUUUAUAAUCUGUAAAAGAAAGAUUAUGUCUGUUAAUGUUUGAAUGUUUUUAAUUCAUUUUAAAAUAGUGAAUGUAUAUUUUAUAAACAAAAGCUGUGAAAUUUCUCAUAUAUCGUUUUAGUAUAUAUUUUGUUUAUAUCUCUGUAUUAUGUGACAAAUAUUUUUGUAUUAUCGCUUAAGAUAUAUGAAUUCCUAUAUAUCGAAUGUAAGAUGAUGUCCCAUACAUUGCUUCCAUGGUAAUUGUAAAUUGUAAUCGUAUUUACAAAUUGUCGUAUAAAUAAAGAUGUUUUUGAAUA